AUGGAAGUUACUGAGCCAGCAUCUCCCAGUGUUAGGCACGCGCCUAACCAUGACUCAAUGGUCACCGUCGCGUUAUCCGAUAAUCAGUCCAGUUCAGAGCACACCCAACCGGAUUGGCGCACUCUUGACAUCCCUCCAACCCCAGUGGAGAUGAGCCAUCUUGAGAAGGAGAGCGAGGAGUCAUUUGAACCGGUGCCACUACAGGACGCGGCGAGGACCACCCCCACUCCCGAAACCCCAGGCGCAGACAGGGAGAGACAGACAGGCGAGAUGUUUGACAAUGAGCUGGAUUGGGAGAACCUUGAUAAGACAGAAGAACAAGAACCGCGUGGGGAGGGGUCCGAUGAAUCCACGGCCCUACUCCUCGCUCGACUCGAACAAGAAAAUAAUGCUUUGGCAACCAACCCCAAAUCUCGGAUACCCGAGGCUCCUAAUGGCAAAAUACACCAGCGGCAGUCGCGCUCUGAGUCACUACACCACAUCAAGCGACUCAUUAGGGAUCCCGCUCGGGCAGAGCUGCGAUACUCGCAAUUACCCCUCCCCAAUGACCGAAGACUUUCGGGUGAAACCAGUCCGUACGAUGGGCUAAUUGGGAAAGAUAUUGGUCGCAGCUUUCCCAACGUCGAAAUGUUCCGCGACCCGAACGGCGAGGGUCAACAAAUGCUCGGCCGGGUGUUGCGAUGCUUCAGUCUUUAUGAUACCAAGAUUGGCUACUGCCAAGGUCUCGGAUUUGUGGUAGGCCCUCUGCUCAUGCACAUGACGGAUGCUGAGGCCUUUUGUGUUCUUGUCCGCCUCAUGGAUCACUACAACCUCCGAACUUGCUAUCUUCCAGAUCUCUCGGGUCUACACCUUCAUGUUUAUCAGUUCCAAAAUCUUCUAGCACGACACAGGCCGGUCCUGUUCCAACAUCUAGAAGCAUUGCACGUUGAGCCGGUCUACGUAUCGCAGUGGUUCCUAUCAUUCUUUGCGGUGGCCUGUCCAUUACCGAUGCUUCUCCGAAUUUAUGAUGUUAUUUUUUUGGAAGGCGCAUGCGAGACUCUGAUGCGAGUUGCACUUUCCCUGAUGCAGCGCAAUGAGAAGAGAAUUCUGGCUUGCACCGAAUUUGAGGACGUGAUGCAACUGUUACUAUUCUCGAAGCUUGUGGGACACGUAAGUUUUGGGCAUCGCACAAAGCAAAGAUACGCCUUCAAUGCCGACGAUCUCGUUAAUGAUUUCGUGUCUCUCACCUCUCUCGUGACGAAUGAGAGUCUUCAAACUCUUGAAGCCAGCUACAACCAGUCUAAAGGCUCACCAUCCGGACCUUCAUUUCCGCAGAUGCAGGCAACGGCCUCUGGCUUCCUUGGACGACUAUGGGCUGGCUCCUCAAACUCUCACAAUUCGGUCAAGUCACUCAACCCGAAUACUAGCCCGUCACGUCAGAACAGUACCAUUCGUCGCUCUACUUCCAAGCAGAGCCUGACUUCCACUCUCAAUUCCGUUGAGACUACGUCCGACGCGAGUACUGCUGCUACCGAAUUAUCAACGGCAGCAGCUAGUGUCGAUAGUCAAAAGUCGCGCGUGAAAUCCAACAUGUCUUCACAUCACAAAGACCGCGACCUCCAUACCCAGAUUGAAGAACUCUUGAUGGCGCUCAGCGAUCUUCAGCGCCAACAGGCUAACCUCACCCGUGAACUGCAGCAGGAGAGAGAAGAGCGGGAGGAAGACCAUGUCCUGGCCAAGGAGCUGUUGAACCAAAUCAGGGAACAGCCGACUGAGACACAACCGGUCGAAUUAAUAGCGAAAGCCCAAACACGUUUUGAAUCAGUCAACCCGAAGCGUAUUUCAAUCACUCAGACCAAGCUUCAGCUCAAUGACGAUGUUACUCGAUGGAAGGAAAUGCACGAGGUGGAAGCCGGUCGAUGCUUGAACCUCACACGGCGCAUCGACGAUUUUGAACAGGAGAACUCGUCCCUCAAGGAGCAAUUACGGGAAGCUCGAGGUCGAAUCCAAGACGGUUAUCGGGAACGACAGCGACUCGAGCGCAUGAACCGGGAGCUGCGUACCCUCAAAACUCCUAUAUCCGAAACGCCGCUAGACACAUCCUCUGCGGCAGAUUCUAGCGAGUCUCAAUCUCCCACUAGUGGGCUACGCGAGUUCAAGCUAGCCCGCACCAACUCCACAAAAAGUCCCACAUAUAACAGACGGACAAGCAGCCUGGGUCUGCAGAGCGUUUUGUCGACGGAAGGUAACAAACCCGCCGAAGAGGCGUUGCUCAUGGAGUUGGUUACUGCUAAGACGGCCGAGGCGGUUGCUAGGCAAGAGCUUGAGGAAGUCAAGGGCAAGUUGGAUUCAUUCCGGAAAAUGAUCAAGUCCUCCCAGGCCAAUCCUGAAAACCGCCAUUCUUUUGUUGGACUCUCGCAGUCGCGGAUCAGCCUGGCCAAUAAAUCUCCCAUCGAAGCCCCAAAGACAGGUGGGACGCCCAGCAACGGCGGUGGGGGAUUCUUCAGUGGAUGGGGUCGACGAACUGCGACUGACUAG